AUGCAAGGCCACGAUUUGAAGAAACUGAUAAAUAAAGUGAUGAAGGAAACUGGCCAAACUGCAAGAGAAGGGAAAUUGCAUCCGUUGAAAAGAAAAGGGGAAGGAGCAGAAAAUUACAAGGAGGAACAGAAACAAAGCUCAGAAGAUGGAGAUUUCUUUGAAGAGAAGACCAAGGAGAACAAAACUGCUGCAUCUGCAUAG